AUUCAAGAUAGUAGGAAUUGUGAUCGUAAAUGAAGAUGGAGGUGUAUGUUGAUAAAUGAUUUAGAUUAGUAAUUGAUAGCUACCCAUAUGCCUGGACGGAACAAUAGUGGACUUGGAGACAAAGGAAAUCUCGAGAUAGCAUGAUAGUAGAGGUGUGUCCACAGCAGAUGACGGAAGAUGUUGGCUAUGAACCAAGGAGUGGUGGAGGAAUGGCUGUCAGAGUAUAAGACCCUUCCUGACAGUGCAGUGUCCAGCUACGCAGCGUCUCUGAAGGAGAAAGGCUCCCUGGUCCCAGCGCUUUACAAAGUCAUCAGAGAGAACUACAGUGACCUGUUGGAACCCGUGUGUCACCAGCUGUUUGAGUUCUACCGUAGCGGGGAGCUUUGGCUGCAGCGGUUUGUGCUGCAGUUCCUCCCUGAGCUGCUCUGGUCCCUCCUCCUGGCUCCGUCUGCAGCCAGGGACCCACACACCUCAGGCUGUAUAGAGGCCCUGCUACUGGGGAUAUACAACCUGGAGAUCGUAGAUAAGGAUGGACAGAGUAAAGUCCUCUCUUUCACUGUCCCCUCCCUCUCCAAACCCUCAGUUUACCACGAGCCCUCCCACAUUGGCUCCCUGGCGUUGACUGAAGGGGCUUUAGCCAAUCACGGGCUGAGUAGAGUGGUGUACAGCGGGCCUCACCUACAGAGAGAAACAUUCACUGCUCAGAACAGGUUCGAGGUGCUGACCUUCCUGCUGUUGAGUUACAAUGCGUCCCUCAGUUACAUGUCCUCCUCCUCUCUGCAGUCCCUCUGCCAGCUCAGCUCCAGGGUGUGUAUCUGUGGUUUCCCACGACAACAUUUGAGGAGGUAUAAAGGCAUCAGCUCUCGUCUGACCGUCACUUCUGAGUUCCUGGUUCAACUCGUCACUGGGAUACACUACGCACUGUGUAAUGGGGAGAUGGACCUGGGUUCCAAGGCGCUGGAUGAUGUUCUGUACCGAGCUCAGCUAGAAUUGUUCCCUGAAGCUCUACUGGUGGGUAAUGCCAUCAAGUCCUCCCAACAGUGUGCAGCGCUAAAGUCUGGCGCUAGUAAAGAAGGAACUCGCAUCAUUCAGGUGGAGAUGACCCCUACUUCGUCUAGGAUCUCACGGAACGCAGUCACAUCACUCUCUAUCAGAGGACACCGCUGGAAACGACAUGACGCAGUGGAUUUGGGUUCCCCGGACGAGUUGAUGGAUAUCUCGGAAGUGGACGAAGGGGUGUGGCCUAAAAGAGGGUCCGGCCCGGACUACCUGACUCCGCCCACUAUCACUAUCAGCAACAGUAUCACCCCUGGGGUGGGAGGGACCAAGACAGGAAGCAGGAAGUGGCAUUUAGGCGGACGGUCGCAUAAGGAGAAGGAGACUUGUACUCCAGGGGGGCAGGCCUUGAUCGAGAACCUGGAUCUGUCAAUCAAACGUCUGACGCUGACGUCCAGCCAAUCGGUGCCCAAGGGGCCGAGCCAUAGCGCUCUAAGCAGCCUAUCGCGUACAGCCAGCGCCGUGUUCUCCCGCUCCUUCGAAGGAAACAACACUGGAGGUAACCGUGGUAACCCAGAGGCUGGCCGCUAUUCAUGCAGUGGCAGUCUACAGGAGGAGGAGCUAGGCUAUAUAAGCCCCUCCCACACCCAGCGCUCGCCAAGCAUCAGGGUGCACUUUAGGAGUGACCUGUGAACCCUGAUAUUUAACCCUUGACUUCUCACCACCCAUCUAAACCCUCUAACCCCAUGCCCCUGUACCUUUUGAUCUGGACUCCCAGCCUGCCAGUGGGACUGGAACCCAAACUCAUUAACACAUGCCCUCCCUUCUUUCCUCUCCACACCAUUCUUCAUCUCCCCCACCUCUUCUUCUCCAGUAGGACAGCUUCUCACCUCCAAAGGCCGGCUCCUCUCCUCCCCCUCCUCUCUCCCCAAAGCAAGAGCCUGGUGUGAGAGAGCCGGGAGCCUGGGUCCAGCCCUCAUCCCUGGAGUUAUUGAACCACCCCCCCCCCCCCCCCUGGUGGUAACUAGACAGAACUGCAGACUGGACAGAGUGACUCAUUACAACUGUUUUUGUAAAAGGUUUGGAAAUUGAGUAUUUUAAGAGACUCCUGUUUGUCCUGCUUGGCUUUCCAUUCAUCCCUCCUGACCAUGCCCCUGGUGUGUGUGUGUGUGUGUGUGUGUGUGUGUGUGUGUGUGUGUGUGUGUGUGUGUGUGUGUGUGUGUGUGUGUGUGUUUGUGUGUGUGAGAGAGAGAGAAUGAAUGGGAGAGAGAGAGAAUGAAUGGGAGAGUUUAGAGCCCCCAACCCCUUCCAAUCAGCACCCCAAUGGUAAUCCUGUACUCCUACCCAUCAUGCACUAGGGUUUGAACAACCCCAACACAAUGCCAAGUUCACACUCCUGUUGCCAUAGCAUCCCACGAAACGAUUAAACGACAGAUUGCUAAAUUGUAGAAACCUCUCAAAAAAUUAUGAAUGUCGUAAAUGUCUGAAAAGUAUUGAUUGAUGUUAUCCUAUUAGAAGCAAUAUUUUCUCACUGAUCUCAUCAAUAAACAAGCUUAUUGGGGGUUGUAUGUUUCA